AUGGCUUCUGACGAAGUGUGGGCUGAUUAUAUGAGAAGAAAAACCCUAAAUCCCAAUGGAUACGGGAAGAAGAACAAUCCCAGAGGCGAUAUUGUUGGAGAUUCUUGCCAGAUUACCUUUGAGAAGCAUCGCAAGAUUCAAAUCUGUCUGCAAAACAUGGAAAUCGGUAAUAGAAUCGCCUUUAAAGUGGUUAGGACUUGUGAAAGUAGGAGAGUGUGUGAAUGGAGAGUGUAUGUAUAUUCGUCUGAGAGAGGUACAUGGACUUUCAAGCGACUUCUCUCUUCCAUUCCUCUCCACCACCCUCCCGUGAAUCUCAACGGAAUGCUUUAUCUCUGUAAAAAAGGUUCGUAUCGUACUGGACCUGGAGUCCUUAUAGCUCAUGACUUUUAUGGCCCUGAAGCUGAUGAUCAAUGUCCGGUUAUACCUCUCCCUCCGGAGUAUAACAUGAUCAGUUGCUUGACUACUUCAAGAGGAGAUGUUAUCUACAUUGAGAUACUAGAUCAAAGAUUGAAAGUUUGGAGGCUGAAUAGUGAACGGUGGCAAUUGUCACGGGAAGAAAUCGACAUGGCGUCUGUUGGAUUUGAUGUCGAUUGUAUUCCCAUGGCAAUGAAUCCGUUUGAUUCUGAUAUCAUCUAUCUAUGGAGUCUAGAACAUUGUUGUUUUGUAUCGGGUAACUUGCGGACACACGAGUUUAUUGUCCAUCAGGAAUCAGAGAAUUGGAGUAGCAGUAAAGGUUGUUGUCGCAUAAACACGUCCGGUGCUGAAGGGUAUAUGGAAUAUGCUCGCUAUUUAUUUUCAGUCGUCAUGUUAUCUCAGUUUGUGCUCCCACAGUGGAUGGAUCCAGUACCUCGUCCACCAAAUUGA